CGAACGUUGAAAUCGUUUGUGAGCCAAAUUCAAAAAUGUUGAUGAAACUAACGGUUGUUGGUUGCCUGAUGGUGCUUACCGUCCUGAAUUCUACUCCCCCGGCGGAUGCGAUAGGAUUCGAACUACUGGGUCAACUGUCGGAACUGCUGUUCGGAAGCGACGAAUCGGACGAAUCGACGGAAACGGUGAUCAAUGCCAAACCGAAUGCCACCGUAACGGUGGUCUGCAUGAUGGAAUGCAAUCUCAAUGUAACCUGCGUCAACUGUAACAAAAUUGACACGACUAUGAUGAAACCGUCCAAUGGGAACGGUGGUGGAGGAGGAGGUAGCAAGCCGACGAAUGGUGGUGGAAAUGGUGGAAAUGGUGGCGGAAAUGGUGGCGGAAAUGGUGGCGGAAAUGGUGGCGAAAAUGGUGGCGGAAAUGGUGGCGGAAAUGGUGGCGGAAAUGAUGGCGGUAAUGAAGCUACAAUGGCUCCUGCUGAUUCGACCGCUGUACCUAAUACGGAACCGGCAAUGGAGACAAAUACAACACAAGGUUAA